UAACACCCCGUGUAAGCCGGUCCUGGACACUUUCGCCUCAGCCCGUCUUUUGACUUCUUGCCGGAGUCUUCCGUAUGCUUAAAUGGACGGGCUUUUAGCGGGCUCGCCUCGUCAAGCGAUCAGUGACAAAUGCCGGUAUGGUAUUUAAGGUUGCUUUCAACCCUAACCUUACUUUUUUGCCUUGCUUUGCCUUACCUCGCCUUGUGCUUGGACGGGGUAGAUCAGGCAUCGUAAACGGCGGAUGUCUACUACGGUAUUAUGUGUGUUACAGGGAAUACUCGCAUGAAUCUUGCAUGAAUGCCACUGUUUUUGGAUGCUCUUGCCCAUUGCAGUGCUUGUUACAUGAUCUGAGCAUUGUGACUUGUCUCUUAACACCACAGCCGAAUUUCUCGCUUGGCAUCAGGCCAGGUGUGGACGAAUCUGGAGAUGUAUCUAAGAUUUCCAAGCCCUCAUAGCCGCAACUCUUUUUGUUUUUGGUCUUUGCAGAACGUCGGCCGUUAUUACCUUAAGCACGUAGUUUAUAUAUAUCUAAAUAUAUCAGCUCGUGGCUGAUAAAUGGCAUGG